CAGGAGGGCAUUUUUGAUGAGGUACAGUGGACCCCAUGCCCAUACCCAGCUUCUUGGGAAGACUUUUCCUUUUUUCUACCCCAUAUUUACGAUUUCGGAGCCCAUAAAACUGGAAAGGCCUUCUUAAAAUCAAUAGUUGCGAGUAAAGGGAAGGACGAGCGAGUGUGCGUCUCGCUUCCCGCGGGCCCCUGCGCAGCUCACGGCUACAAAGGGAGGAGCCUACGUUGGUGACGAGCUUUGACGGUCGCCACUUGACAGUCUGCCUUCAACGGAGACACAACGCAUAGCGCCCCUCCAAUCUCGCCAACCCCCCACGCUUUCACCUGGUCCACUCUGCUGCUGAUUAUCAAGGGGCCGAGGACUGACAACGACCAAGAAUUACCCAGGCACCUGAAGAAGGCGUCGAGCGCUCGCCUGUUACCAGAUCGGAGCCGACUUUGUUAUCGAAAGUAGCCACCUACACCCAAAAUCCCUCUUAGUAAGCGCUCGGUUUCAACCCCUUCCCACCUUUUUCUACUUUCAUAUAAAAUCCCGUCGGGUGUUUUGACGGUUGAAGAGAACCUUCCAGAGGCCCCUGCAGGCCCCUCCCGUGAACUGUGAUUUGGUGAUAAAGAGGAAAAAAAUAUAAAACGGAAAACCCCCGUUCCGCUCGGCGACGACGAAACGUAUCAGGACCCCGAGGACGUCUCCUGUCGUUCUGCUGAAUUUUAUGGCCGUGACGGGCUGAUCGACGGUGGUGUGUGCGUGCGUGCGUCGGUGCGCGUGGCGUGUUCGUGUGGUUGUGCACUAGGUCAGAAUGAUGACAGCGGGCUACCCAGAGCAGGGGGGUGGCGGUGGGGGCCCUCCCUCUGCAGGGGCCACGGGAGUCGGGGGAGCAACGGCCCCCACGCCCCAGCCAGUCGUGCCCCCUGCCGCCCAUCCCAGUAACCCACAGCCCGCCCAUGAACAGUGCCUCUCCGGACAGCAGCCCCUGCCGCCCGACCACCAUGGCUACCACGACCAGGCGCAGUUCGAGGCUGACAAGAGGGCUGUCUACAAACACCCCCUGUUCCCUCUGCUGGCACUGUUGUUCGAGAAGUGCGAACUUGCCACGCAGAGCGCCGACUCCGUCAGCAGCGACUCGUUCAACUUGGACAUCCAGGCGUUCGUCCAGCACCAAGAAAGGGACCGCAAGCCCUUCCUCAUGAACGACCCCGAGGUGGAUGGACUGAUGAUCAAGGCCAUCCAGGUACUUCGCAUCCACCUGCUGGAGUUGGAGAAGGUGCAGGAGCUAUGCAAGGACUUCUGCAACAGGUACAUCACCUGCCUGAAGGGCAAGAUGCAGAGCGAGAACCUCCUGAGGACGGAGUACGGCUACGACUCGCCCGGCUCUCCUGACGGAGGGAGCCCGUACAACGGACACCACCAACAUCACCUGCAUCACCCUCAUGCCCAGGUAGUUAGCGCCUCAGGACAGGUAUUAGCGGGAGAGCACCACCCUUCCGGGCAGCAGCAAGCAAGCGCCUUGUGUCUCCAGGUUUCUCAGCAGCAGCAGCAGCAGCAGCAGCAUCAGGUGCAGCAGCAGCAGCAGCAGCAGCAACAGCAGGCAGACUACCACCAUCACCAUCACCUCCGCCACCACCACCACCACCCACACCACCACCAGCACCACCACCGACCACCAUUACCGAGCAGAAGUCCUCUUGGUUUGGUCCCAACCACGAAGCCCUCUGCCCCAACGCCACCCACAGCCACCGCCAUCUCCACCAACGCCCACGGCCCCCGCGUCUCACCCACCACGCCGCCCACACGGUCCCUUCCCACGCCCUCGUCUCCACCCCUCAUCCAGGGCAGCACUCCACUCUCCCAAAUCGGUGCCCACCCAUGCCCUCCCCCACCGGAGACCAGCAUCGUCAAUUUGCUGGCUCCCUUGACUCCGCCAUCUUGCGAGGAGGAAGAGGAUGGAGGAAUGCGACGGCAGAAGCGAGGAGUUCUUCCCAAACACGCUACCGCCAUUAUGAAAGCCUGGCUCUUCCAACACAUCGUCCAUCCAUAUCCUAGUGAAGAUGAGAAGAGGCACAUCGCAGCGCAGACGAACUUGACGCUUCUGCAAGUCAACAAUUGGUUCAUCAAUGCUCGACGGCGCAUCCUCCAGCCAAUGAUUGAUGCUUCCACUCCUCCUGACCAGAAGACUAAGAAAUCGAAGGCCUACAAUCCCAAGGCCUCUGCCACAAGGUUCUGGCCAGAUAGUCUAAUAAGUCUGCAUGGUAAAACUCAGAAUAACAUCAGUACAGCUUCACCACUCGCUCGCAAGACUAAUACCUUGUCUAACACGGAGGUGACUGCGAGCCCGGCUUCUACUAUGGACGAAGAGGAGGUAGAAGAGAUCGAGGAUGAAGAUGAGGAGGAGAGAAGAGGAAAAAAGGUCAAAGAGGAAGAGGGGGAAUAUGAGGAGGACAACGAUAGUUUGCAACGACGUGAGAGCCCUUUUGACAAUGACAUCGACAUUGGCUCUUUGUAGUCCAGGUUUUUCUCUUAAGAUGCCGAAAUGAUUUCAAAUCUUAUUUUUCCCACCUUUGUGAUGCAUUUAUGGCUUUCAUUUUCAUGGUAGUGAAUCAUGUAGGAAUUUUGUUUUCAAAGAGGAAGUAUAAAUGUGUCGCGGAUACAGCUGUGCCACAAACAACGAAGUACUGUUUGUUGAUCUAUGUUCAGCAUCUGAGGCUGGUCACACACAUGGGAAACAAUUGAGAAACUGAACAGAGUUGCCAUCAACAGGCAGAUAGAAAGACAUAUACAUAGACGUUUAAACUUAUUUUGAAGGAUUUUCACAUUACUGGCAAAGAAAUAAAUAUACUAUUGUUAAACGAUAUCCCCAUCAGUAUUGAUUGCUUCCAACUAGGUUAUUUACACUGCAAAAUUUGCAAUUACUCGACCGAUUUUUGUGUGAAUGGAGCCUUAAAGCUAAGAAAGAUAGAUAGUUGGUAUUAUUAUGAAUACCCAUCUGUUAUCGUUCAUCAGUGUCUUUUAACUACACCUUACAUAAACUGACUUGGUAAAGUGGGUUACUUAAACGAAAAGGCAAAUCCUCCAUUCCCUGAAAUUCCUGGUUUUCAAAUGGUUGCAUAAUUCACAUUCUCAUUUCUGUCGUUGUACAGAGGAAGGAGAACCCAUGGAUUGCUGGAUUUGUCACAUUGAUUGAGACCGAAUGUAAUGCAAAUGGUUUAGGUUAAUUGUCAAGCACUUACGUGAUUGACACGCAUUAUUUUGCCUAAAUGGUUCUCGAGAGAAAGUGCCACACAUUUACUGAAGGCAAAAACUUAUUGGUAAAACUGAAUGUUUAUUUGUUAUGAAAAUGUUAAAGCAAAGACUCCAUCUGACUGUAAAGUGUUAUACAAUAGAACAAAUAUUUAAAAAUAUAAGAAUCAGCUGUCAUAUCAUAUUGAAAACACUACUUUUAGGAAGGGAAGACCUUCUACCUGCUCUACACAACGAAUCAGCUUAAUGUUUCUGUUCCUCAUUCCUUAGAUGAUAUUGCCAAUGUGAGAAUAAAGGCAAACUAUUGCAGUAGCCAAGUCAUAGACAUGAGUAGACACAUUUUGGGGCCAAAGUGAGGUAUACUAUUACUAGAUCGUAAGUGUGAGAAUGUUAAUCACAUAAUUGUAAGUGUAUGUCAUGGGUAAUGAGGUGGCAAAUAUCUUUGUAAACGAUGAUAGAGAAAUAGAAUGUAGUAUCUUACUCAAAAGACAAAGAUUUCUCAUGUACAGAAACCUAGAAGGCACUUGACAGAGUGCACCAAUUUCACAAAUGCUGAUUGCAAGUCUUACUAAAUCAGUUCUUUUGAUGUUCACUCUUAUUUCGAAGCUGUUGAUUAAGACCAAAGUGUAUGGAGAUGUUUCUUCAGUCAUUCACACUACAGGGAAAGGGAAUGCUGAAAUGGAUGUUUGGAGGUAAUAAUGUAACAGUCAUUUAUCUUGUGUGAAUUUGAACUCAUUGUGAAACUGGUCUCUUAAGGAAUUUUAAUUAUCAGGAAUGACACAUACGAGCCAAUAUAAAUCCUUUUUGUGAGUAUAUUAUACCCAAAAAUCCUAAAGUCAAGAAUACAGUUCAUGUCAAGACUUUUCAGAAGUAAUUUUUUGUUAACAUACACAAAAUCAAGCCUCAUCGUUCUGUAAUGAAUAAUUCCAUUAAAAGUAACUAUUGCCUUCAAGGUAUUCCAUAGAACUCAGAUUAUUUAUUGUUUAUUGAAGGUAAAGCCUCUAACGCUGACAGGGCCAUCAAUUUGAGAUAUUGUAAUCGUUCAUCUUGUAUCCAACCUUUGUAUGGAUGCAAAGGCUAUCAGUGAAAUGCUAAAAUGAAAAGUAAGAAAUUUACAUUUUCCUUUCUGAAGGAUAGAUUGUGUCUAGGUCUCAUGUACUGAAGAAUUUGACAUUCUAAUGUACGAAAAGUAGGCUACAGUACUUAGACAAAGAUUAUUUAUAACUUCAAUGUGAAUCAGUUACGUUGAGGAGGUCACAUGAGACGCUUUGCAGAAAUAGAAUGCCAUCAAAAGGACUGAGUACAUGAAGUGAAAUACAGUCAGUGAUUAAACUCAAUCAUACUUCCGAUGAAAACUAUAAAGUGGUUGUGUUUAGAGAGAAAUCCUCAUUUUGAAUAGAUGUCAUAGUAAACAUUUAAUUUUUCGUGAAUGGUUGUCAUACCAAGUGCCAUUUAAUUUUUAUUUUGAUAAUGUAACCAUGUAAGAAUGAAUUGAACAGUCCAAGAGAAAGAAUGAGACAAAGCUAACUCAUUCUUAUAGGAAUAUGCAGGUGGGCUAAUUGAAUGUCAAGUUGAGCAACUAAACUUCUAACUUCACUCUCUGCUGAGUGACGCUGCCUCUUUCUACUCAUUGCUGUCCAGGUGGAAGCCCUAAGAACCUAAGAAGAAGCCGAAGAUUGAAGCAGAGUCAACCCAGUGCAGCAGCUGUAUCACUAAGCAACUUGAUCGCUGUAUAUUGCUUCACUUUACAUUCAAGAAUCUCCCCGAGCUUUGGCAUCAUCAUUUGUACCUACAUUUCAUGUCUGUGUAUCAAGAGAGAUAUCUUUCUAUGUGAAGUGUAUCCAGAUCUAUGUAUCCCUCCUCCUCCUCCUCCACCUCCUCCUCUUCCUCCUGUGAUCUCGAGCGUGCCAAUAUACUUUACAUGACCAUCCCAUCUAACAACAACAACAACAGCAACAACAGCAGCAGCAGCAGAUCACUCCGAGGUUGGCUGCAUAACUUGUCAUGGAUGGAUUUCAUGCACCGACUGGCCGUGUCAAUUACAGAGUGUAUUUUCAUCAGUGAAUUCCAGCAGGAUGCAGGAAACAAAAUAAAUAAAUAAAUAAAUAAAAAUCUGGAAAUGUCGGUGUACCGUAUUGCAGUUCAGUGGUUCUAUGAAUUCUCGCGUGGAAAUCUAAAGAUGACUGUGAUGCUCUUUGUGCGCUUUUGAGGGGCGAAGUGAACAUUGUGAGAGCAACACUCGUUUGUUGAGUGUUGGGGAAAACAUAUAGUAUUAUUCACUUAUAGCGUUGGUGACACUAGGGAACCAAAGAAUCCUCAUUCAUCUCACGAGAAUCUGAUUCUUUGUCUUAAGAUGUGUAAAGAGAAUCUUGUAUAAAGCAAGAGAUUUAUUUUCUGAAAUCAUCACUAUUCAUUUCCUCAAUUCAGGUAUCUGUAACGAAGUAUACGAUGCUGUGCAACUAAUAUAUUAGGUAUACGAGUACACACUUUAAGUAGGUUAUACGUAAGGUUAGCGGGUAGUGUGUAAUAAGAUUUAUUAGUUACAGAGUCCCUUUCAUAUUUGAUAAACACUUAAUGCAUAUAAUAUAUUCCCUUAUAUUCACAAAUGAAUAUUCUUUGGUUCCAUGUGUAUUUCUUUAAGGAAAAUAUCCUCACGUCCUAUACUGUUAUAUAUACUUUACCAAAGUAUAUAUAAAUCUCUGUGGAAGCGUGGUAGUGACUCCUGUCUCCCAUUUUCUAUGGUGGAGAAAAAAAAACAUUUUAUUUUGUGGUGAUGUGACCCUUUUGAACUUCAUGAUUUAUAUCUCAGAAAAUCAUUUGUGGUGACGUUGGAGAAAAUAAACCUUGUAGUAAACCUUGCCUGCCCUUAUAUAUAUAUAUAUAUAUAU